AUGCUGGCAGCGACUCGCUUUGCUCCCCGGGGCUUUGGCAUCUGGCGACGGGCCGUGUCAACACUCCCCAACAAUUCACGCAUUAAAGUCUUUGACAACCCGUCAUCACCGGCGACAUUUAUCCUCACAUACCUCGACACGAAUCCGCCAUCGCCGAAACUCGCCAUUGGAACGUCCGCCGUGAUCCCCCCGACGCCGCAGUCCUUUUCGGAAAAUCGCCGAUUCCUCGAUAUACUCAACGAGGUGGUGGCAGAGUAUGGCCACCUGGACGAAGAUGUAGCCAGCCAAGCCAGGGCUUUUGCCAGCCCAGGCGGGUCGAACCUGGGCUCUGGCGGCGCCUUUUUCGGUGCGCAGCGGUCCAGAAAGGCAUCAUCGCGCAAGCAGGGGGCUGGGGGCGGUGCCGGCGGCUCCGGAGCUGGAGGCGCAAGUGCCCAGGGUGGUGCCGGUGGUGCCGGCAAGGGCGGCUGGGUGCAUCUGAGCGAUCGCAGAAACCCCCCGGACUUUGGAAGGAUCGCGUGGCCCGAGGACAUCCUGGGCAGCGUCGAGGUGGACGGGCAUGGCGAGGUCGUUGGCAGGGUGCAGCCGAGCGGAACAUAUCGAGUGUUGACGCGGGAGGGAAUGUAA